CGUUACCCACUGGCAACAGACUAUCUCAGCACUACAUACAGACGUAACCAACAUGUCUCGAGUAGCAGGACGAACCGACUGGGCGGAAGAAGAGGACGAAGACUCCCUCCAGCUCCCGCAGCAGCAAAUCAUCAAGAACAAAGACGGGACCGAAACGAUAAUCACUUACUCUAUCCGCGAAGAUGGCAAGAAGGUGAAGACCACCCGCCGGAUCAAGAAGACGGUCAUCAAGCAGAUCGUCAACCCACGCGUCGCGGAGCGCAAGCACUGGGAGAAGUUCGGCAGCGACAAGGGGAAGCCCCCGGGUCCACAGACCGACACCACCAGCGUCGCAGAGAAUAUCGUAUUCAGGCCAGUCUCGAACUGGAAAGCGAGCACCGAAGACAAGAACGAGACCGAGAAGAAAAAGGCCAGCCUGAAGGAGGCCAAGAUUAAGUGCAGAAUCUGCAGCGGAGACCACUUCACGACGAAAUGUCCGUUCAAGGAUACCAUGGCACCCGAAGGAGAGGCAACACCCGCUGAUAUGCCCGACGAUGCGCCACAGGUGGGAGCUGCUGGUGCUGGCUCCGGCAGCUACGUGCCUCCGCACCUGCGAGGCCGGGGCGGCGCUGGUGAAAAAAUGGGCGGCAAAUUCGACAGGGACGACUCUGCGACUCUCCGUGUCACGAAUGUCUCCGAAUUCGCCGAGGAACAGGACCUACGCGACAUGUUCUCGCGGUACGGGCACGUUACUCGUGUCUUCUUGGCAAAGGACCGCGAAACAGGGAGGGCGAAAGGUUUCGCCUUUGUUAGCUACGCAGAUCGGACAGAUGCGGCAAGAGCGUGUGAGAAGAUGGAUGGAUACGGUUUCGGUCAUCUCAUCUUGCGCGUCGAGUUUGCAAAGAAGCCCAACUAGUGGUUGCUACAGAAGUAAGUACUAUACCUACAAUUUAGUCACGGUGGUUAUUCGGCAUUCGUGGUUGCAUGGCGUUAAAGGACAUGGCAGAAUGGUUUGGCCAACAGGUAGACCUGUUCUCAAUAGAGAAAAGCAUCUGCAUUCAUAAUGGAAAUCAAUGCAUUCCUUAGGGAAACGACAGGAGUUCAAGGGUUCAAGAGAAGCAACCAACUACCCAAGGUUCC